CUCCUCCUCCUCCUCCUCCUCAGCUCCUCUCCAUCAUCAGCCCGGACAGACUCAGGGAUGUCAGGCACGGCAGAAGAUGAACCCGGAGCACCGAGUGGAAGUCAGAGGUCCCAUACCAUUCAUGUUUGCAUCAAAGGUCUCAAAAAGAGCAAAGAGAUCACCGUCAGACAGGUCAGCACAUCUUUAGUCCUUACUACUGUGUUUUCUGUCAUCAGUUAGCGCUGAUGCUGGGGUAUUGUGGGGUAACAGUGUGGAAUUUGUGUGCAUACAGCUGAAAUGUGGUCUGGCAAAGCGCCUGGAGGUCCCAGCAGAGCAGCUUGUGCUGAUUCACUCCAGUCGGGUCCUCAAAGACUCAGAAGUCCUGAGCCACCUGAAAGCAGCAGAUGGCUCAGUCAGCCUCAGCGUGGGCCAAAGGUACGCAGAAAUACACUAGUGGAAAAAAACAAGCAAGAAAGUAUGUCUGAGAGAAGAGAGUAAAUGAGCAGAUCUAAUUUAGAAAGGAUUCUUCUGUGGGCUCCUCUCAAAUCAUGUUGACUUUUCAAUAACACAAUGUUAUUAUUGAUUAAUGACUGUCAAAUUGUAAAAAAAAAAAAAAAGUGGAUCACUAUACUGUAUAUGAUAUACUUUAUUCUUUAAAAAUGCCAUAAUAACUGUGAAGGAGGACAUUUAAAGGGAUAUUCUGGCGUAAAAUUAAAUUAGGGUCAAACACACUAUAACACCAAGUUAGACACCCCCUUGAGAGAUGAAUGUUGCCGGCUGCUUGCUUCUCUAGUUAUACCAACUUUAGUACAACCGCAGAUGGCAAUACAGAGAGCCACGCGCUCAACCAAAAGCCACUCUAUAGCCAUAAAUAAUGCUCAGAACAGCACCUAACCUCAUCAACAGUACAUAUAGGGUCCCAGCCAUAGUACUAGCCACCAAACAUCUUUUUAGCUUUGCCUAAUUUCUUCACUUGUUACUACUUGUAAAUACUCUGAACCUUCAUAGUAAAAACAGUCCACUUUAUUUUACAGUAAAAUUGAGUCAUGAAGACACUGCUUCACUUCUCAGCUGCCAAACUCUUGACUGACAGUAUAAGUCGAUCAUUAGAGAAACAGAACUGUAUCAUUUUACAGCUGACAACUUGUGUGCCUUACACACGGUUUAAUAACAAUACAGGUGUUGAUUUUGUUCAUGUUUUAGGCCUCAGCAACCAACUGCUCCUCCAACCAGUGAUGCACCAGCCUCAAAAGUGGCGCAAUCAGACCAGAAAGAUGAUCUUGACCCUGAUAGCUUCACCCCCUCCCCGAGUUCUCCUCUCUGCUUGGGUAAGAUUAAUUUAAUGCAAGAACCACAUCCACCUCUAAUAAUGGUCAACUUUUUUUCUGCCACAUAUCUCUUUGUGCCAAAGAUUUUAUAUUUUGUGUCUCCUGGUUGCAUUACUCCCUGGUCUUCAUUUUCUGUUUACCUCAGCUGCCCCUGUUCUGUCAGUUUGAUCUUGUUUCCACAGUGGAAGCUCUUGAUGGUCUUGGCCUGGCGAACAGCAGACAGGGUUUCUUCCCUGCACUCCAGCAGCAGAUGGAAGGCCAGCUGCUGGCUGACCCAGAGAUGUUGCAUCAUGUUUUGGGCAGUCACUUUGUUCAGAGAGCCCUCUCCACCUCCAGCCCCCAACUAAUCAGGCAGAUCAUUUUAUCUAAUCCACAAAUUCAGCAACUCCUGGAAACAAAGCCAGAGGUGGCAGAUGUGCUCAACAACGCAGAUGUCAUCACACAGGUAGAGAUUGAAUACGGUGAAUUGCAGUUAAGCAAGGUCAAACCACUGUAAUGUUUUAGUGCUCCACUGUAAUGAAUUAUCAAUCCGAUUUCACCAUCUUGAACAUAAAUCGCUCCCCAUUUUACUAUUUUUUUUUAACACAUAUGCCUUCAAUCUUCGUGUUCUCACUUAAAUCUGCAGGUGCAGGAGUUUAUCAGGAACCCUGAUAUGAUAGAGGAAACAUUGCAUAACGAAGACAGAGCGUUAGACAAUUUGCAGUCAGAGCAUGACAACACCAAAAGUACCACCUGUGAUACUGAUAAUGAUCAGAAGUCUGACCCAAAAAGACUCCAGUCUCAGGUACAUCAGUGGAAAAGCAUAUUUUAUUUAUUUUUUUGCAUUAAAGCGGACUUACCUUAUGCUCUGAUCUGUUGUUUGUGGUCUUCUCUCUCAUCUUUUUCAGGUUCAGACAGAGAUGCCCCAAAUUCUGACUUCCUCAUUUAUGAAUUAUCAGCCAACUGAAAAAGAAAAGGAGCAGACCCCACCGCUCUCCAGUGACUCCACAGAUCCUCCCAGAAAACUGACCACUACGUCCUUAGAUGAUCCAAACCCUCAUAAUGCUGUUACUCCAGGUACAGAAUUGGGUAACACUUUCUUUUAUGGUACACUUAUUACCAGGUUAUUACCUAGUAACAACAUGAAAUUAUCUAGUAAUUACAUGAUAACUACUAAGUCAAUACUGUCUAGCUACCAGGUAGGUAACCUUCCAUCAUCAUACAAAUUUGAAGCCGAAUUGCUCUGGUAUUUUCAGGAUUUUCUCCGCUUCCUGGAACCACCGCUUGCACAGUAGCAUUGUACAUAUUCAGCAGGUGAGUUGCUGUGAUAACGCUUGGCUCAAACAACGUAUCGCUACACAAUCUUCGCACGCCCAUAGGCUGUAUCAAGUGUCAAUCAUAGAAAAUAAGAACCCCAAAUAGCUUUUGAAGACAGUAUAGACAGUAUUGACUUAGUAGUUAUCAUGUAAUUAACAGAUAAUUUCAUGUUGUUACUAGGUAAUUACCUGUUAAUUACCUGGUAAUAAGUGUACCGUAAAAGAAAGCGUUACCCAGAAUUACAAGACCAGUACUCUACAAUAAGGCUGAACUAAGAGAAAAUAGAGGGAAAUAUCUCCAUGCCCAACUUUGUCACUCUUUAUUUGUCUUUUAUAUGUAUUUAGUUACUUUAAAGGCAGAUUCACUGUCGUAUUCUCCCAAACUCAGUGAGUCGGAUAAUAUCAAUUUCAAGUGGCUGGACUCUUAUUUACAUUUAGAUUUCUCUGUUUUUUCCCUCAUCUGGUACCUGUGGCCUCCUCGUUCUCUGCUCAGGCAUGCAAUCACUGCUGGAGGAGAUUACAGCCAGUCCAGGUCUGAUGGAGAGUCUGCUGUCCGGGCCCUACCUAAGCAGUCUCCUCAACUGCCUCAGUCAGAACCCGGACCUGGCAGCUCAGGUGAUGCAUUCACAUGUCAUUUCUAGGUUUCUGUGAGAAAUCAUGCUGGCUCUAAUUCAGGGAUGGAGAACUGGGCUAGAAUCCACCUCUGUGUCUCUUCUUGUUAACAUAUCCACAUAAUCUCUCAACUCAGAUCCCACACAGGUCUUACAGGCUUUAAAGCUCCGUUUCCAUUCUGUUUCAGAUGCUGCUGAGCCACCCUUUGUUCUCAGGAAAUCCUUUGCUGCAGCAGCAGAUGAAACAGCAGAUCCCUCUCUUCCUGCAACAGGUUCCUCUGCGCUUGGAUGUCUUGCAACAAGAUAGAAAACAGUCAUGUGGUUUACUCAACAAUAGACUAAGAUGUCAGAUGUUUGAUACAAAAAAACCUUCACUCUUCCAUGAUAGAUAUCUAUUGACUACUUUUCUUUUAUUUAUUUCACAAAAAAAACUGAACAGAUUUCUGCUACAACUCUAGUGCUGUCUAAUGUUUGUUAACAAUGAAUGAAAAAAAUGCAGAUGCAGAGUCCAGAGCUGCUGUCAGCCAUGUUGAACCCCAGAGCCAUGGAGGCUCUGCUACAGAUCCAACAGGUCCUUCAGACUCUGGCUGCUGAGGCUCCUGCACUGAUACCCAUGUAAGUAUAGAUAAAUAUAAUAAACACACAAAGCAUCUGAGCCAGUAGAUAACUCUUUACACAGGUGAGCAAGUGGCAAUACCAAGAAAAGCACAUUAAAAAGGCGUCAAUCCUCAUUUGUUACCACCAAUCUUCUGUUAUGCAGGGCUGGACUUGAAAAAAUUCCCACCAGUGUUGAUUCUGCUUCAGCUUGUGAUUUUGCCUGGAAGGACCAAUCAGGAAAUGGUCCAGGGGUCGCCACGGUGACCGAGCAGCAGCAGCAGCAGUUUGUGCAACAGAUGCUGCAGGCCCUGGCUAACACAGACGGGGUAUUAUUGUUGUUUUCUUAAAGAAUAUGCAUCUGACUAUCACACAGCCAUUUUCAGCGUAAUACCUCCAGGCUGCAAAGUCUCAAGUAUGCAGGCAAAUGCUCUGGCACACGCAGACUCAUACUUUUUAAAUGGAAAGCAAACUCAGCCCCUUCAUUUCUACAAUGGCUGAGGGAUGGUCUAUCUUUUCUACCUUUAGAGAAACUGAGAUACAAAAUAUGUAAAGCCCACAGAAACUUCACCCUGACCUGGAGUCCCUUUAUAGAAUUUGAAGAAGGUUUUCAUCUUAAGUUGUAUUGGAUAGUUACAACCAUAGACAGUAUAUAGAAUGGACGCCGUCUGCCUCCUCACUGGGUGAAGCCACUUUGAGAACAGCACCCUCUGUUGACGGGCUGCAGUAUAGGUCAUAAAUCCCGCCUCCGCCAGCCAUCCUUAUGGGGCUGUGGACAAACUUUAUUUACACAGAACAUACAUUUUUGUCCCCCCUGGUUUCGAUGUUGACAUGUAGUUAUUGUAAGACUGGUUCGUGCUCAAGUCCUCUUUUUUCUGUACAGCUCCAUUUUUAAAAGUUAUUGGGGGUUCAUGUUUUCUAUGAUACAGCCUAUUGGCGUUCAGGGAUUGGGUAGUUCACCUGGGGGAUAAGCUGUUUGAGCCGAGCGUCAUCACAGCGACUCUCGGUGACUCUCCCGCCAAAUGUGUACAACGCUACAGGAAAUGAAAAAUAAUCUCAGAAAUACCGAGAGCUUUUCGUCUUAAAAUCCAUAUACAGGUGGGAGGCGGAACCAAGUUGUCCUUAGUAUAUACAGUCUAUGGUUACAGCUAUUUAAAACAUGCUCAAAACAUUAAUUUUCUUAACUUAUGAGAAGAGGUCACUGUCUGACUAUUUUUGUUUUUGUAUUUUCCUGUUUAAUUAAUUUUUUUGUUCAAGAGCCUUGAGGGAGGGGGUCUAUCUGUUUGGAAGUUGUAUGUCUGUUAAUAGAAAACUGCAAAAUGAAGUCUUAAAAAAAAGAAUCUGUAUCUGAUUUGAUCUGCUCUCUUUUGGACCUACAUACUCUUUUUUUUUUUUUUUUAAAUCAUAUUUAUUAAUUUCCACUCUUCAUAACUUGGCUGUCUUGUCUUGUCAGGUCCAUGUCAAGGAGUUCCCGGAGGAGAAGGGCAGCUGAGCUUACUGACUUUCAGACCCUCAUCAACACAAGUGGAGACCUCACUACUGCUAUACAUCUGCUCAGCAUCUAACACAAAAACACACAAGUGCUGAUCUGUGCUAAUAAAUAUAAAGAAGUGAAUGCCCAUGUGCCAAUUACACGCAGUGCAAUCGGUAAUUUAACAGUGCUUAUGGAAAAAAACACAAAAGACAAGCCAUAUUUGUAUUCCUGUUAUUCAAAGACGAGCACGUAUUCCUUCUUUAACUUCCCUUUUAAAAAAUUUGGUCCUGGCACACACUUGUUCUUCCUGCAGUCACACAGGUCCAUACAGGUAACUAAAUCCCCCUCACAUACUCUGCACUUGUUGCAAUUGCAUCAAUAUUCAGAAGCAGGUCAUAUAUUAGUAAUCUCAGUGCAGCACUAUCAGGCUCAAGCUUCUUCUCAUCUUGCCACCUGGAUAGUAAUGAAAGCCUGGAACACCCAGAGACGGUCUCUCCUUGUCUCAGAUUGAAGAUUAAAGUAUGAGAACAACGUGUUUGGUGCUGUUCCAGUCGUCCCCUCACGACUGUGUUUUGUCCACCACAGGCUGUAAAGAUUAGACACACCAAAUAAUUAAAAAAGUUUGUCUCACAGGAAAGACUGACUUAGUGCAAAACCAAAGAGCGUUUGUAUCUCGAGGGCCACACACGCACAGAAACUCUGAUUUACUCAGAUUAUCUUCUAAACUCACUCUCCCAGGAGACCCUUCUUCUCAGGCAUGACUACAAAGAAAUAGAAAACAUCUAGAAAAUGACAACACACACUGCAAUACAAUUAAGACGAUUUACCUUGCAUAGGUGAGGACCUUUGAUGCCAAACUCCUUGCAUUAAAAAUCUCUGAUUUGUUGUUCCAUUGUUAUAUAGCCAGAGCUUAUUCUUUUGUGAAGCACCUGUGUGUGCACCAUGCCAUAUUUUUGAAAUAUUCCUUUAUUCAUCUUUUGGAUUUGGUGUAAUCUGUUAAAACAGUACACUUCUAUAAUUCAUGUCCUGUGUCAGUCAACAGAGCUCCCUCAAUUAUAGAUGCAUGCACAGUUUUUUUUAUUUCACAUGAAUUUGUGAUGAUGUCCUGCUUUGUUAAGGUGCUUUUGUUCCCUUCAUACCUUAGUGUUAUUGUGCUGGUAUCAGUCCUACUGUAGCUUUAUAAGAUGUUAUCAAGUCAAGGAUAUUAAGUGUAAAACUAUAUGAAACACAGAAAGACAGGGUGCAAACAUGUUGUAUCAAGUAUCACUCCGCAGUCUCAAUAAAGACACAAGUGAAAUACAAA